AUGUUAACUGCGGUGCUGGCAUCAUGGGAGGGAUGGUCACAUUUCUUCUCUUCUUYUUGUCCCAUUUUACCAGCUCAGUGCCUUCUGCUCCUUGCUUCCCUGCUCAUCUUGGCUGCACCGGGCCACUCUGUGCAUAUACAAACCCUUAACACCUUCAAGAAAUCUCCCUCCAAGAAUCCAUCGAGUGCUCUGGAGAGAAGCACUUGGCCCAGGGACUGCAGUGAGGUCCCUGCUGGCAGCCCCAGUGGUGUCUACAUCAUCCAGCCCAUGGGACUGCACCCCAUCAARGUGUACUGCGAGAUGAGUGGGGCAGACGGGGGCUGGACCGUCAUCCAGAGGAACCGGCAGGACACGGACAUCACCUGGGCUGAGUCCUGGAGCACCUACAAGCACGGCUUUGGGAACAUGCACRCCGAGUUCUGGCUGGGCACUGAGUACAUCCACCAGAUCACCAGGCAGAAGGUCUACCAGGUCAGGUUUGUCAUCUGGGAUGCUGCAAACAACAUGAAGUUYGCAGACUACAACCUGUUCAGCCUGGACAAUGAGUCCCAGGGCUACCGGCUGAGGCUGGGAGCGCAUUCAGGAACAGCWGAGGAUGCCAUGGAUUCUGACAAUCCCAGGAAAGUGCACAACAACAUGAAGUUCUCCACGAAGGAUCGGGAUCAGGACACUUACAGAGGGAACUGUGCCUCCCGCUAUGGAGGUGGGUGGUGGUACUCAGCGUGUUACUCUGUGCGUCUGAACGCCAAGGGGGGCCUGACAUGGGGCAAYCUGUGCCGGGGGAACUGCAGAGCCUCAGCCAUCCUCAUCAAACCAGCUCCAUACCACUAG